GAAAGCAGGAAGUACAGCUGGGUUCCCGCUGAAUGCUGCAGCUCAGUCUGACAGUUUAACUGCAUCUCCUGGGGCACGGCAGCAGCGCUAUCUGCCUUUGGUGUGCAGAACCACUCGGCCAUUUUCCUCCUCUACUCGGGCUUCUUCGUUUUUUUUUUUUUUUUUUUUUUUUUUGUUUUGUUUAGAUCUUGCAUCGUUAUCGGCUACAGCCAGUGCCAUGGCCUUCGUUGGGAGCGCAGUUCGACGAGUGGUGUUGGCAGCGCGGGCUCCCCUCUCUCCUUUGUGUCGGGCAAGCGCUCGGUCCUACAGCUCAGAGCCCACCAAGGAAAAGAAUGUUCCCUAUGAGAAGACGCUCAAACAGGAGGACGGAGCCACGUCUGGACCCACUAAGCCUUUACCCAGGUCUGCCGAUGUGGUGGUGAUUGGAGGAGGCAGUCUAGGCUGUCAGACCAUCUACCACCUGGCUAAAAUGGGGUUGACCAACGUAGUUCUGCUGGAGAGAGACAGACUGACUGCUGGCACCACCUGGCACACCGCAGGCCUGCUGUGGCAGCUCCGUCCCAGCGAUGUUGAGGUGGAGCUCUUGGCCCACACCAGGAAUGUGAUCAGCAAAGACCUGGAGGAGGAGACGGGUCUCCACACAGGCUGGAUCCAGAAUGGGGGACUCUUCAUUGCUUCCAACAAGCAGAGACUGGACGAAUACAAGCGCCUCAUGUCGCUUGGUAAAGUUUAUGGAAUCGAGUCCCAUGUCCUGUCGCCUGCGGAGACCAAGGAUCUGUAUCCUCUGAUGAACGUGGAUGAUCUGUACGGAACGCUGUACGUCCCAAAAGAUGGCACCAUGGACCCCGCGGGAACCUGUACCACCCUAACCAGAGCGGCCUCUGCCAGGGGAGCCAUGGUGAUCGAGAACUGCCCUGUAACUGGUAUUCAAGUGCGAACAGACGACCUCGGGGUGAAGAAGGUGAAGGCGGUUGAGACCCCCCAUGGGACCAUAGAGACACCUUGUGUGGUGAACUGCGCAGGUGUGUGGGCCACCAAGCUGGGAGACAUGGCUGGAGUCAAGGUUCCUCUCAUCGCAAUGCAUCAUGCCUACGUGGUGACAGAGAGGAUCGAAGGCAUACAGAACAUGCCAAAUGUCAGGGAUCACGACGCGUCGGUGUACCUGCGCCUCCAAGGUGACGCCCUCUCCGUGGGUGGUUACGAGCAGAAUCCCAUCUUCUGGGAUGAGGUGUCUGAUAAAUUUGCCUUCAGCCUCUUCGACCUGGACUGGGAUGUGUUCAUGCAGCAUAUCGAGGGUGCAAUCAACAGAGUUCCUGUCCUGGAGCAGACUGGCAUCAAGUCCACCGUCUGUGGGCCAGAGUCCUUCACAGCUGACCAUAAGCCGCUGAUGGGAGAGGCGCCGGAGGUCAGAGGUUUCUUCCUGGGCUGCGGCUUCAACAGCGCUGGUAUGAUGCUGGGAGGUGGCUGUGGCAGAGAGCUGGCUCAGUGGAUCAUUCACGGGCGCCCGGAAAAGGAUAUGUAUGGAUAUGACAUCAGGCGUUUCCACAACUCGCUGACGGACAACAACCGCUGGAUCAGAGAGAGGAGCCACGAGUCGUAUGCUAAAAACUACUCCGUGGUGUUCCCCUUUGAUGAGCCGCUGGCCAGCCGAAACAUGAGGAAGGACCCUUUCCAUCAGGUGCUGACGGAGCAGGGCUGUGUGUUCCAAGAACGACACGGCUGGGAGAGACCUGGCUGGUUCAACAAAGAUGGGCCCGCCCCUGUUAAAGACUAUGACUAUUACGGGGCUUACGAUAUCAAGAAGAAUGUAAACUACAGGUACAACGACCUGCUGGGCAAAGAGUACACCUUCGACUUCCCUCCGCAUCAUGAUGUGAUUAAAAGUGAGUGCCUCUCGUGCAGAAGUGGCGUGGCUGUGUUUGACAUGUCCUACUUCGGGAAGUUCUACCUCACUGGACCAGAUGCCAAGAAGGCAGCUGACUGGCUGUUCACGGCCGAUGUCAACAAGAAGCCGGGCUCCACUGUGUAUACCUGCAUGUUGAAUAAAAGAGGAGGGGCGGAGGCUGACCUGACGGUGAGCAGACUGGAGCCUGGAGCUGCCAACCUGCCCCUGGCACCAGAAUCUAACGGUGAUGCUUACUACCUGGCCAUUGGCGGCGGUGUGGCAGAGCACAACUGGAACCACAUUAGAACGGUUCUUCAGGACCAAGGCUUCCGCUGCCAGCUGGUCGACCACUCUGAGGACAUGGGGAUGAUCAGCAUCCAGGGACCCAAGAGUCGAGAGGUCUUGCAGGAGGUUUUGGACACAGACCUCAGCAACGAAGCGUUCCCCUUCUCUACCCACAAAGUUGUCAACGCCGUAGGACAUCAGGUACGAGCUAUGCGUCUGUCAUUCGUCGGGGAGCUCGGCUGGGAGCUGCACAUUCCCAAAGACUCUUGCCUUCCGGUCUACCGUGCCGUCAUGGCUGCCGGCGCAAAGCACAGCAUCAUCAACUCCGGCUACAGAGCUAUCGACUCACUCAGCAUAGAGAAAGGGUACAGGCACUGGCACGCUGACCUACGUCCGGAUGAUACUCCUUUGGAGGCCGGGCUGGGCUUCACCUGCAAGCUAAAGAGUUCCAUCCCGUUCCAGGGCCGCGACAGGCUGGAGAAACAGAAGGAGGAGGGGCUGAGGAGACGCAUUGUCUGCUUCACCAUUGAUGAGAAAGUACCGAUGUUCGGUCUGGAAGCUAUUUUCCGCAAUGGAGUGCCCGUCGGUCACCUACGACGCUCUGACUACGGCUUCUUUAUCGAUAAAACUAUUGGUUACGGAUACAUCCGCCACCCUGACGGAGGAGUGGUGAGCGCCGAUUUCAUAAAGAACGGUGAGUUUACCCUGGAAAGGAUGGGAGUGACGUACAAGGCCAAGGCCCACCUCAAAACUCCCUUCGACCCUGAGAAUAAACGCGUCAAGGGCAUCUAUGCUUGAGAAGGACCACACAUGUAAAAACUGAACAUGCUGGUCAGAGAACAACAUGCAAGUUUGAAACAUACAUGUACAUCUCACAUGCAAUACAUCAUGUUGACCAUUGUAUUCAGAUUAUGUGUGCCAUUCGAUGGAGCUGAAGUGCAUGCGAUGAAAGCUGUGCUUAUUUUAACAACCGUUUUGUUAAGGGUGCUUCAGCUCCACAUUUUAAUACCCACUCUGGGCCCGAGAGUAAAAGUGUUCUCAUAUGAAUAUUCUCAUGUGGAUAAUAUUACCAUAAAAACUAAUUCAGGAAUUAAACUAUACUUAUUAUCUCAAAUAACAGUCAAUCAUACACUAGUUUUUGCUACUGUAGCCAAAUCUCUGUUUUGAUGUCAGACUAUUGAGUAACACAUUUACCUAAUUUAGAUUUAGACUAAAGUCUUUAAUCCGUAACUAACCCAUUUUUUAGUUAGUGGGAUUGCAUGUAUUGCGUUAAGUCUCUAGUAGUUAACACCAAAGGUCUUAAUCUUUCUGACUGCUAGCACAGCAGUGAACCUAUGCAAAGUAAAUGGCAUAAAAUCUCUAUUAGUGUCUCCAUUAGUGUCUAUUAGUGUCUUUUUGCUGAAAAGCAAACAAGACUUGUAUUAGAAACACAGGUAGAGGAUAUAGUUGAGGCAGGCUGCUAUUUGUCCAGUGUGUAGGAUAAAUGAUUAUAAUAUAAUAUUAACAUAUAACAUUCAUUAUUGUGUUUUUUCUUGGAUUAAUACAGAUUCUUAGCACACAAAAAAGCCUUUCAUAUAUAUGUCGAGAGCAGGUAAUUGUCUUGUGAAGCUUGUCAUGUUGUGCCGUCACCUUUUCUGAGGUAGUCUAGGACUAAACAGUGGCUCUACAAAAGACCUUUUGUAUUUUAUUAUGUGGAAGUUUUGGCCACCUUGGAAUUUCCUAUACACUUCAAAUGGGAAUGGUAUUCAGUUGGCUGUCAUCUCCAACUAGACCACUAGGUGUCACAACAUCCUACACAGUGGGCCUUUAAUUAAAAUUAUUUCGUCUUAUAUAAUAUUGUUAUUCAUUUCUGUUAUAUCCUAUGAGGUGGGUUUAACUUGCUUGAAAACUAGAUCUGAGGCAGACAAACUUAAAGUUUCCGAAACUUUUAAGAAAAGGGGGGUAAAAUACCCCAAGAUAUGGUGCACCAGGGGACAAAACACUGCUGAGGCAGAAUGAAAAUGAAGAACGGUUAUCAGAAAGCUGUUGUGAAUCAAACACCCCCCACCCACCAACCCCCUUUUUUUCUUGUUUUAUUGAUUCCCUUGUUGUUGUUUCUGCAGAUGCUGUUGUUGUUUGCAAACUCAAUCCUUUUUAGUUUUGUUCUUUCACAGGCACAUUGUUAUUUAAUAAGUCUAUCGACCAAUUCAAGCAGUGGUAUGAGCUCUCAAUUUGUCACAUAAUAGUACAUCAAAUCUACAUACUCUUACUGUGAAACAUCAGCAGGAAGCAUUGAGCGGCACACUAAGAACCAUCUUGACCUCAUUAAUAUUUUCUCUUGGAAAACGCUUGAAAAUAUCAGGGUAAUGAUUGAUGUAUGGGAGACAGUGUCAUAGGAAUCAUGUGAUUAAUGCUGUGGAAGCUAAAACUAUAUCUAAAUGGAUCAGCUGAGUCUGUACAGGUUCUUUGGAUCUGGUCUUUACUUCAGAAUUGUUGGGUGUAUACAGUGCCUUUACUUGUUUAUGUAUAUAGAUAGAUAUACUUAACACUAAAACUGCUAACAUGAGGCUAGGUAGUGCAUGGUGUUUGUGUUGUUUGAACAAUGAUGUCUUACAAAACCACACAAAAGAUAAAUCACUAGCAUAGCACCUGGGAAAACAGCCUCCUCUCUUUUAAUGCAGGUGCUGCCAUGAACAAUAAUAAUCUUGUGUUUACAAUAUUGACAGAAUUAAAUAUCGAAGAAUUAUGUUUUCCAUUUUUGUUUACACUUACACCUUAAUUUAGUAUGUGAGCAGCAGCCACCAAUAAGGGGUGAAAGCGGGCACUUAUUUGUACGUAUGCAACCUUCUUGCCUCUCAGAAUUUGCUUGCUACACAUCCACCACAAAAUGUUUACUAAUGUGGACUGGUUCAUUGAUUCUACCCAGAAGGCCAUUAAUCAUUGAAAUUGUUUGUUCCCAGGAGAAGCUUGACUUAGUAACAAGAUUUAUAAGGGAAAUGUGAAACAUACUGAAAAGUCAACUACCAGAGUAUGUGUCUGGAGUUUUUUUUUUCUUUCUUUUUAAACACGAUGGAGUGUACUUUCCCUUAUUUUGAAAGUGUGAUAAUAAUGUUGCAGCCGCUGUGAUUAUGUGAAAGCAGGUGACAUUGAUUCUUAUAUUCAAAAAAGGUUCAAUUUCUCAGUGCUAAGAAAAAAUCUUUACCAGUUUUUACGACAAGAGAAAUGAAAUCAUGAAAUGAUCUUUGACUUGUUUCUUCUGUCCAAAGCGAUGUGUGUAUUAAUAAAUUCCUACUUAACUUCC